CCUACAGAAUUCUCUAAAGUAAACCAGUAUAUGCCCUAAUAGGAAGCAUACACUUCUGAAGAACUUGUUCUAGAAAAACUAUUCAAAUUUGUGUUUAUACUUUUGUUGUGAAGAAGUUCUUGCGUUUUGAACUUUUCAUUAUAAAAACUAACUCAAAUAGCGUGUAUUGAAGCGUUGACAGUUUUCGUGCUGUUAAAAAAAGAUUGUCCAAAUUGAAGAGUAAGAAAAAAACGCAUACAAAUGCAGAAGCAAACAGUUUCUGAAAAUGAAAAAGCGUAUCGAACCGUCUUUUAUAUUCAGUAAUUUAUCAAAGUAGAGUUGCACUUACUGACCUUAUUUAAUAUUGACGAGCAGAAUUUUUUUUAUCCCAAGACUGGCAUAAGUCGAUAAAUGGCUUUCCAUAUAUCUUAGUGGCUGCCUUUUUCAUGCUACAGUAGUGAUGGAUUGAAAGCUGUCUGUGUACCAGAAGCUUAAAGUAUCCUUUAUUUAUAGAUAUCGAACCUGAAUGUUUUCUGUUUCAUGAACGUUUUUAUUAAGGUUGGCACGGGCAACAGUACUACGUUUGCAUUAUUUUCAAGUGUUAGAACAGUCACGUAUCUUUGCAUGCUAGAUUAGCUUAGUUUAUAUGCUAAGUUUUCUAAAAGUCGAGACUCAUUGUCAACAUGUCUAAGUUGGAAUAAGAAAUUGUGAAUUUAUAAUGGUUGUAGAUUAUGAAGAACCAGAUACUUUUGACGAACAUUGUAUACGUUCGCGAUCAGUGUCAGUGCAAUGUGAUGAUAGUAUUUUGUCAUGGGAUGAGAAUGUGGCGAGAUCCAGAAGUUCUUCGCUUUCAAGUUCUAUAUGGGAAUGGGGGAGAAGACUUCUGGAAUCGGAUGCGAAGUCCUUGAACUCCCUUGCAUCUGGGCAUUCUAGGAAGUCGUCUAGCACUAGCUUGGUCUCAGUAGCUUCAGUUGACAGUAAACAAAGUGCUAACACUGAAGAAGACAAAGAAGAAGAUGUGUGGCAAGUUUGGGGAUCAGUUGUCAAUGAAUGGGAGACAUAUUUCAAGAAGAAAAAUUCUUUUGUCAAGGAUUUGGUUCGACGAGGAAUUCCAAAUCAUAUAAGAAAUAUUGUGUGGCAGCUUUUGUGCAAUGCGCAAAAUUGUCCAGCUCGUGAACUGUACACUGACUAUCUGAAAAGUACAUCUCCUUGUGAGAAAGUUAUUCUCAGGGACAUAGCGCGAACGUACCCAGAACAUGAAUUCUUUCGUGAGAAGGAUGGGCCAGGACAAGAAAGUUUGUUUAAUGUGAUGAAAGCUUAUUCUUUGCAUGACAGAGAAGUUGGCUAUUGUCAAGGCAGUGCAUUUAUCGUUGGACUGUUACUCCUACAAAUGCCAGAAGAAGAUGCUUUUAGUGUGAUGGUAAGAUUAAUGGAAGAUUACAGGCUGAGGGAAAUGUAUAAACCCAGUAUGGCUGAAUUAGGUCUUUGUAUGUAUCAGCUGGAAUGCAUUGUUCAGGAGCAAAUUCCUGAACUUCACAUGCAUUUUCAAACUCAGAGUUUUCAUACGUCCAUGUAUGCUUCGUCCUGGUUUUUGACUUUGUUUACUUCGUCCCUUUCAUUGCAUUUAGCUUGCAGAGUAAUGGAUCUCUUUCUGUCCGAGGGAAUGGAGAUGAUUUUUCGUAUAGGUAUGGCCAUUUUACAGUAUUGCAAAGAAGAUUUGUUACAGCAUGACAUGGAGGGAAUGCUUAGGUAUUUCCAAAAAGAAAUGCCAGCCAAAUGUGAAGCCGAUCCAGAUUAUUUAAUUGGUUUAGCCAUGCAGGUGAAAUAUAGCUCCAAAAAGAUGAAAAAAUUAGAAAAGGAUUAUACUUCUUACAAAGCCAAGGAGCAGGAAGAAAUGAUUGAGCUUAGAAGACUUCGAACAGAGAAUAAGUUGCUGAAACAGAGAAUAGAAAAUUUGGAACUGGAAAGUGCAUCGCUGGCCGAUCGCCUUGUCCAAGGUCAGGUUACUAGAGCACAGGAGGCAGAAGAUAGUUAUGCUUUGAGAAGAGAACUUGCAUCCUUGAAACAGACUCAAUUGCUCCUGGAACAGGAAUUGGAAGCAGCAAAGAGAAAAAUUAAGGAGCUUGAUGAUGCUAAUUCUCAACACAAUUCAUUGGAUAAUCAAACUGAGGAUUUAAUACAAUCGAUGCAUCAAGAAUUAAUAUCUGUGAAGCUAAGGGAAGCCACUAAAGAAGAUGCUAUGCAAGAUCUUUUGCAUAGGAUAAAAGAGUUAGAAGCGGUCAAUCAAUGUCUCAAAGAAGCAUAUCCUGAAAAUACAAUUAUUCUGAUUCAAGAGGAACUUAUAGCUGUUAAGCUCAGAGAGUCUGAAGCUCAACAGCAUAUCAAAGAACUCUUGCAAAAAAUAAAUGAUUUGCAAUCUCAACUUGUGAAAUAUGUUGGAAAUUCUGCUGCAAAUCAGAUCAAUGAAGAACUCAAGAACUCCGAAGUGUCUCAAAGAAAAGGCAAUGUUGCAGAGCUUCAGCAAAGAGUUGCUUAUUUAGAGAAAAGGCUUAAUGAAAGUGAAUUAAGAAAUAUGAAAAUGGAGCUUGAACAUAAAAAUAUUGUUUCUAAUUAUAAAAAGAAGAUUUCCCUUCUUGAAAACCAGGUUAAAGAAUUGGCAGACACUAAUCAAGCUCAAAUUGCUGCUGAAAAUGAGGAUGUAAAAAUAUUGUGCAAAAGAGUGACUGAACUUCAAGUCAAACUUGCAGAACAGAGGGAAUUGAAUAAAAAAUUAACUGGUAUGAUGGAAAAUGGGGAUGCUGAUGCUAAUCACAAUACAGACAAAAGUUUCAAACACAUUAGCCACUUUCUGGAAACCCUGAAACAGAGCCGCAACAACCUGUCUGGUGAUGAGGGGAAUUUCGAACAAGUGUACAAGUUCCGCCUCUCCCCAAAGGACAUUCAUCCUCCGAGUACUUUGGAAAUGCUCAAAAACAAGGUGAAUGCCCAGUGAAUGUCUUCCUCAAUGGACAUUAUUCCAAGCCUAUGGAGUGGACAUCUGAAGCUAUCAUGACAUAUCAGUUGUCCAUGUUUUGUUACUUUUAGUGGAGGUACCAAUUACACUUCAUAGGUUAUGUGUGAUGUUUAGAUUGCUAAUGUACUUCAAACUUGUAGUGCAUUGUGUUGACAACUUUGUAAAAUUUUCACUGCAUAGUUGAAACAAAAAAUAACAAAAGGUCUGUUGAAAGAGAAGUGGAUCGUACUCUUCAUAAAGGUGCACAAUCAAUUUUUUAAAACUAGCCGUCCACAAGGCAAAAUAAAACAAUGAAUUUCAAUUGUGUAACUGGGUUAAUUGUCAAAGACAACAACUUUUAUGUAUUUGUGUUUCUUUCUAACUUGUGGAAUUUUCCACUAUAUCGAAUUUUCAACCCAAUGAAGGUUUAGGAUUAAGUAUACCUCAGGAGUCUCAUAAACAAAAAGCAAUAGUAUUAUUUACUCCCUCAUAUUGUUAAUGAGUACAGAAACACAAAACAUUUCCAAUCCAUUGAUUUUACAGUUUUUUUUACAUACUGUAUAAAUGUUAGAUCUAUUUCAGUAAUAAAUACUAUUGAAUUUUUCUUACUAAUUUUGAAUGCAAAAAAUUUUUAAUGUAAUUUUAACAAGAAUUUUGUACCAAUCUUUAAUUCUAUGUAAUUAAUCAUUUAAAAUAUGAUGAGUUAAUACUUAUUCCCUUUAACAACACAAAUGAAUAAUAAAACUACAUGAAACUAAUAUUCUAACUUAAUUAAUAACUGCAAAUGAAGAUUGAUACAUUUCGUGUUUUACAAAACUAAUCCUUAUCCAACUUUUAUGCAGUGAUUAAUCAAAAACAGUUGAUUUUUCUGAAAAAUUAAUGCUGCAUUUGACAAAAUUUAAUUUCCAGGAGAUAAUUAAAAAUUAAAAUUCUCUCAAGAUACUUUAAUGCAUUUAAUAUAUUUUUUAAAUAAAAACUGUAAUGUCCACUAAAUGUGAUUUUGUUACAUUAGCAAAUUUUAAAUUAUGCUGCGUGGUUCCAUUCAUUGUGAUUUUUACAUCACUUUUAUUGAUAUUUUUUUGGUGUUAACUUGAUCAAUGUGCCUGUGCUAGUCAAUGAAUGAAUUUUGCUUCUGUAAAUAUCUUUACAUUUUAACACAUUUUUUUGCAUGAUUUAGCUUAGUGUUUUGCUAUUAUGUGCUUAAUUGCUUGAAUGGCUUACUGCUUAAUCCGUCUAUGUGUGAUCUAACUAGCAUCGUUUUUUAAAAUAAUUUUCAGUGUCUACACAAUGUUGAAUCUUAAAUGCACUUCAUUGAAUACACUCACCAGAAGAAAAAAAUUACUUGGUAUACGAUUUGUUUAAAACAUAAAUUAUAUUUUAAGUUAAUUUAAAUCGAAAAAUUAAAAAAAAAAAAGAAAUUUAUUGAAAAUAUGUUUACAAAAAUUAUUUUGUAUAUAUGAGUUGUAUAAAGUUUGUGUUAUGUUCUGUAAUUUGUAUAUGUUUUUAACAUACUGUCUUCUCUUGUAAUAUGAGUUUAUGGUUUUUUAGAUCUAUAAAAUACUACAAAAUGUGAUAUUUCAUGUUCCAAGUUAAUAUUAAUGUUACAUAAAAGUUUUUUUUUUUUUUUGUAAUGUUUGAGAUUUUUUUUAUGUUUAAAUCUUUAUUAUGAUUUCAAAAGAACUUUCCUUUUUUUAUAUUAAAUAAUACAUAAAAUGUAUAAUUGUUAAAUGUAUUUCUAUAAAAAAGGUAUACAUUAUUUCCAAAUAAUACAAUGUAUAAAAUGCUAUUUGUUGAUGCUGAAUGUUGUGCUGUGAACGAGGUGCUAUACAAGUUUUACUGAAUGGUGCAAGUAUUGUUUAAUUUGGAAAUUAAAAGUUUAUAAAAUAACUGUUACAAAAUAUUCAGAUUUGCCAAAUAUGUAAAGAUAAUCACAUGUCAAUGAACAAAAUUGAGAUUAGUUUGCUACUAUCAUAUCCAUUGCUAUAAAAAAUUUAGUUUGAUAGAAAUUUGUGACUAUUAUUUCACUAAAUAGUGUAAUAACAUGAGCAGCAAGAAGCUGUAAUUUCUUAACUUAUCCUGUAUACCUGAUCCAGCACUCUAUUAUUUAUGAGGCCGGAUUUACUACUUGGUACAUUUUAUGUAAAUAGUGUAAUGUUUUAUUAAAUUUGAGUUAAAAUUAAA